GGAGAGGCAUUUUGUAACAUUGUUUGAACUAAAGAUCAGUUAAAAUGUAUAACAAUUAACUAAACGCUAACGAUGCAUGUUUUUAGUCAGCAAGUGGACGACACAACAACGUCAUCGGGCUCGAACGUUAUCGUUAGGUAGCAACAUUAGCUGAAGAACGUCAGCUAAAAUAGUGAUGCUAACGUGAACCCGUUUUACUACACGAGGAACGACGCGUGUAUAACGAGUCUUCAUCGUUUCAGUAACGUUACCGGUACGUGUUAUCAAAGUAACGGAGAUAAUCUAGUGAAGCGUGUCAGAAAAUAAUGUGCAAGAUUUUGGACGCCAUGAACACCCUGCUGUCACACUUUAUUCCCACGCAUCUACCAGGACACAGGGUUUCUCUGUCCAGGGAGGAGGAUGGGUGUGUUAUCCACUUUGAUGAGGGGUCUGGUCCGAGGAGCAGACAGAAUGUCGGAGUUCACCAGCAAACGCGGCUCAAGGACUCACAAUAAAGGAAGAGGAGCAAGGCCCACUGGACUGAGGCUCUCCAGUGGAAAGUUCCUGUCCAUACGCAGCAUGAUUCCUGAGUUUGUGGUGCCAAACUUGGAGGGAUUUAAACUUAAGCCCUACGUAUCAUAUCGCGCUCCUCAAGGAACUGAGCCUCCAGUCACGGCACAAAGCGUGUUUUCUGAUGUUGUGGCCCCUCGUAUACAGAAAGACUUUGAAGAGGGCUCUUUCAGCAGGGGACAGCUGGAGAAAUAUGGUUUUAAUCCCAAACAGGAAGGGAAGCUCUUCAAGCUGUAUCCCAAGAACUAUGUGCGCUGAAGAUGGACUCAGUGUUGUACGUGCAAAGAAAGGCAGUCUGCUGUGAAGACUGAACGCUGCAGUCCAACCAGGGCUGAUCCCCAAGACAAUAGGACUGUAUUAUACUUUUAAAAUGUUCCUGUACAAAUGAUUGAUUUUUUUCUGUUACGUGAUCAUCAGGCAAAAUAAAUCCUACGGGUCUAUAAUGUA